CUUUUCGCCACUGCCUUCCUCGCAGGGAUUUCUCGUGCUUAUAUCGAAGACAAGACAUGAAUUGACCUGGUACCAAAGCUGGUGGAGCUGUCUCUUCUGGAUCAUCACGCAAAUCGUUUCCGUGGGCAUGCGAUUCCGAUCCGGGCCCUACAUUUAGAUUAAGUGCCGAAGCCGAGAGCCUCGAAACUCACAACACCAACGAGGGCACGUUCAUCGCUACUUCCCUGUUUGUGACGACAACAGGUCCAGGAACUUCUUCCAAAUAGCUAGGCAUCCCCAUGUCUUUCUCAUCCAAACCGCGAGACUCAAAUCUUGCGAGUAUGCAUGCCGUAAGCCCUGCAAAGGAAUUCCCUUCCUCACACAUCACGAAGACUGCACGACAGGGAAUAUUGUUCGAAUCGAAUACUGGAGAUUCACAUCUGGAUGAGCAUUUGGGAUACAUUAGGAAUGCAGAUUGGGCCUCGACAUCUCUUGGACCUUUAGAGUCAUGGCCUCAGGAUCUCAUACAGCUUUGUCAGAUUUCUCUACUCGACCCAAACCCGCGUUCCCUCAUUCUCGGACCAGACCGUAUACUGUUUUACAAUGAGGCAUAUUCAGAGCUCUGCGGGGACAGGCAUCCUCACGCCUUGGGACAAAACGUCAUUGAGGCGUGGGGCGAGGUGGCUCAGGAUCUCAUCUCCGGGCCUUUGGAGACUGCGGAGCGCACAGGGCGACGAGUUCAGGUGGAAGACCAGCCACUGGUGUAUCUACGUAAUGGAUUUCUCGAACGGGUCUAUGUUCGUUGGACCAUUGUCCCACUAGCUGGAUACGCACAAGGCGUCUACGUGUCUUUAACGGAUUCGACGGAGACAAUGCUAGCAGAGAAGAGACGAGCUGCCAUUCGAGCCCUCAAUACUGCUUGGAACGGUGUCCAGGACCCUCUCACAUUUUGGCAAAGCAUUCCGCAAAGCUUAGCCUUGGAUCCGUUUCUCUUUCCUUUUGCCUUUCUAUACACUGCAAGCUCAGAUCCAGACUCAGAGUAUUGCAUUGAUACAUCUCCGGAACCAACCCAAACGAUGCGGUUCAAGCUAGAAGGAGCAGUCGGGAGUUCAGAGAUCACCUCGCACUUACCCGGCGAGCUGGAUCCUGGUCACUUCGAGCUUUUAUCGGAUCUUUCAGAUCCGAUACUUUUCCGAUCUAACGAAACUCCCAAGCCCACAUGGUCGCUGUCAGCGCAAGACUGUAUACUGUGUCCAAUAAGUUCAAACAGGUCACAAAAAGUCAUCGCAUACCUGUUCCUCGGAAUCGAUCCAAAACGGCCAUAUAACGACGCAUAUCGGGAAUGGAUGAAUGAAUUUACUCGAUGUCUAAGCAACGCUGUGACCUCUGCUCUACAAUCAGAGGAGCAAGCACGCAAUCAACGUCGCCGGGCAGCUGCAGUCGCCUCAGAACAACACCUCCUUGUUACCGCACUCGCAGAUCGCGACAAAGAAGUAGUGGCUGUGAAUGAGGAACUUCAACGUACCCUUGAAGUCGUGGAUAUGGCCAAUGUCGGAGUAUUCAAUUACGAUCUUGAAGGCCGUCUGAUAUAUGCCAAUGACGCCUUUUGCAAGAUGACAGCCUGUCCACCCGAAAUGAUGCAUGGAAAGGAACUGGUUUUUCUGGAUCUGACUUAUCCCGAGGACACCGAGUAUCUCAUGCCGAAAUGGAAAUGUGCAACUAGCGGACGAUCUUGCACUUUUGAAAUGAGAUACAGGGGUCCCAAAAAUGAAGGCCUCUGGGUAUUGGCUGCGGUGGUACCAGUACUUAAAGAUGGUAUUGUCACAAGCGUAUCUGGAUGUGUCACUAACAUCCAAGACACCAAAUUACGGGAAACAGAAUCUGCACAGCGUUUGCAAGCCCUCGAAAGAGCCAAAGCGUGGGAGCAACGAUUUGCGAAUUUCGCAGAAUUAGCGCCCGUCGCCAUAUUUUUUGGAUCUCAGAGCCAUCACCAUCUUUCUUACUGCAACCGCGCAUGGUUCGAAAUAACCGGUCACCCGGUGGUAGCCUUUGAGCAGAUCGAUUGGUCGAUGAUAGUCUACGAAGAGGAUCUUGAGCUCGUCCGAAGUAUGUGGACAGAGGUCAUUGCUGCUAACAAAGCAGUGAGUACUCAGUUCAGACUUCGACGCAGGUGGUCGGAUGGAAAUGGAGUGGUCAUCGGCCCUGUGUGGGUGACUGCAUCAGUGCUACCUGAAUACAAAGAAGACGGGUCCAUCAAAGGCAUCAUCGGCACUAUGCUCGACAUUUCAGCUUUGAAAUUCGCAGAGACGGUGCAACACAUGAAGGCGCAAGAAGCUUUGGAAGCCAAGCGUCAAUCGUCAAACUUCAUCGACAUGGUAUCGCACGAAAUCCGCAACCCUCUCUCCGCAGUGUUUCACUGCGCGGACGCUGCUCAAGACACAUUGGCCGAUAUGUUAGACCUCGCGAGUCGUCUAGCUUCUGCCCCAAAAUCAGAAUCUGGAAACCAGCUUCGAGAACUCAUCGCUAACGCUGUCGAUUCCAUCAAUACUAUCAUAUCCUGCACUCAGCAUCAAAAAGGAAUUGUCGAUGAUAUCUUGGUGCUGUCAAAGCUUGACUCAAAUCUUCUUCAGAUCACACCCUCUGCCGUCAAAGUAACGGCUCUGCUACGCGAUGUUGAAAAGAUGUUCGAAGCCGAGGCCCAAAGGAGCAAUGUACAAUUACAAACGCAAGCACACCCGUCUCUCGUGGAACUGAACGUCAGCUGGGCCAUGCUAGAUCCUGGUCGAGUUCAACAGGUCCUGAUCAACCUUCUGACGAAUGCAAUCAAGUUUUGCAAGAAGAAACAACUCAGAAAGGUCACCAUACGCGCUGGUGCAUCCAGGAUUCGCCCUUCGGAGAACGUGCUCCCAGAUAUUGACUUCGUGGUCGCACACUCAUUGCACGACUCGGUCUACGACUCCGCCGAGUUUGAAUCACAUAGUUUCUAUCUCUGGUUUACUGUCGAGGACACUGGACGCGGCAUGAGCGCGGAGGAGAAAACACGUAUCUUUGCUCGAUUCUCGCAAGGCUCGGCUCGCACGGAAACUGAAUAUGGCGGCUCUGGUCUUGGUUUGUUCAUCUCGCGCGAGCUCUCGGAGUUGCAAGGAGGCGAGAUCGGAGUUGCUUCUACACUGGACGUUGGUAGUACGUUCGCCUUCUUUGUCAAAACACACCAUACCGAUGCACCCGCUUCCACCAAGGGUUUGCCCAUCCAGCUCAAACAGAAAAUCAAGAAAUCAUCUGCCGACAUCAACAUUCUCGUCGUCGAAGAUAAUGCGGUAAACCAAAAAGUGCUCCGCAAACAACUCACCAACCACGCUUACACCGUCGCCGUCGCCGACAACGGCGUCGAUUGCCUCGACUACCUACGUACCACAAAACACUGGCGCGGCAACCCUUCCUCCGCCCCCGCCCUCUCCGUGAUCCUCAUGGAUAUCGAAAUGCCGAAGAUGAACGGACUAGAAGCGACGAAGAUGAUAAGACAAUAUGAGAAAGAGGGGAAACUGAUGGGUCAUAUUCCUAUCAUUGCGGUGUCGGCGAACGCGAGACAGGAACAGACGAGUAUGGCAUUGGAGGCGGGGAUGGACGAUAGUAUUGCGAAACCUUUUAGAAUCCCGGACUUGGUGCCGAAAAUUGAGAGGUUGGCUGGUUGGAUGUGAUUACAAGAGGGAGUGCGGCAUGUCAGAUGUAACUGUCACGGAUGGGGAUGGAGUUGGUAGAGGAUAGAAGGGUUUCCGAAUCUUUUGCAUUAGUGGUUGGAGAGGACGGAUUAUGCUAGGGUGGCAUUUUUGUUUCUUUUUUGCAAUGUUCAUAAUUGUAUACGGCGUUGAUUUGCAUGGUUGGUAUGGGACAGGUGGUUGGGCACUUUUGUCAUUUUGUAUCUUUCUGUAGACGUUUAGAUGCAUCAAUAGUGUAUCAAACACGCGACAUAAGAAUAAGAUCUUUCUUGUACCCCUCCC